AUGACAUGUGAUUUAGAUGUGAAAUUAUGCAACUCUUUCCUGGUAGUGGUCUACAGCCUGCUGUUCCUGGUGAGUAUCAUGGUGGGCUUUAGCCUCAACAGCUUCACCUUGUGGUUUCACUGCCGUGGAGUUCAUGGCCAAGUGUCCAAGAGCUGGAUGAUCUACCUGAAACAUCUGACAGCGGCUGAUUUACUGCUCUGUGUCACCAUCCCUCUGCGCAUUAUUCACUAUGUCAGAAGCUCAUUCACCAUUCACCUGUUCUACUGCAGCAUUGGAGCCCCGCUCCUGUUCCUCAAUAUGGCUGCUAGCAUCCUGUUCAUGAGCUAUAUAGCAGCUAACAGAUACUUGAAGAUACUUUAUUCCCCGGGAAGUCACAUCCUGAUGAGCGCCAAAGCCAGCCGCAUCAUCUCAACAACCACCUGGGUUGUUCUCCUGGCCAUAACAACACCUUACGCCAUCAUGAUGCUGGUCAACGAGAAACAUCAUGAUGAUGAACACACUAUGUGUGACCAUCUGAUCAGUGAACCUGUCAAACCACUGCACACAGCGAUUCAUGCUUUUACUUUCAUCGUCUUCCUGUCAGGACUCAUCUCUCUGGUGUUUUUCUACUACAGCACCUCCCGCAGGGUGCUGCAGAUAGAGAAGGCCCAACUGGCCUCCCCCAACUCCAAGAAGCUUACGAGGUCUCGCAGGAACAUGUUGGUGUUGGUCAGUGUGUUCUGCUUUUGCUUUGUUCCUUAUCACUUUGUUCGACUUCCAUACAUCAUACUUGAGAAAAACUGUUGGGUAGAGUUGUACUACAUCAAGGAGUUUGCCGUUUUACUAUCAGUUUGUAACAUCUGUCUGGAUCCGCUUAUUUACGUCUUUCUUUGUAAGGAGUUCAGGGCUCAGCUUAACCUGAAAAAAAUAUUCCGUACAAAACGGAAGAGAAACACGUCCAGUUUGGAGGCAAGUAGCAGUGGAGAUCAGCUGAAUGUCGUCAACACCAUGUCAGAGCUCCAGGGUCAAAGAGAGCAAUAAGACUGGCACUGGUCAGAGUGUCUCACUGUUCAUUUACAAAUGGCAUGUGCUACAUGUAUGUAUGUUGGUGUG